AUGAGGUACAUUUUAGCUGUUCUCAUCCUCGUGGCAACAGCCUCUUGUCGCGAAGUUUUCGAUCUCCCCAGCUGCGCGUUCCAGUGUUUCGCAAAAGGUGUGGCACAACUUAAAUGCAGUGUAGACGACUUCCAAGGUUGCUGCAAACAGAUGGACCAACUAGCCUCCACCCUUAUUCCAUGUAUACAGUUGAAUUGCAAUGAUCCUGCCAAAGAAAAACAGGUCAUCGAUACUAUUGAGCAAACUUGCGCUGCCGAAGGUGUUCCAGUCACCAUCAUAACAUCGAAGCUUCCCCAGCGGUCUACCGUUCAACCAGCAUCAUCUACCACAGCCUCCGGUCGGAGCAGCAUCGCGGCCGAUCCCAUUACGUCGGUAGUACCCCCCAAACCUGUCUCCCAAACGGGACUCCCUCACCAAUCUGGACGAACAGAUGUCUGCAACUUGGUCACGAUCACCAACACUGUUUACACGGUUUGCAGACCCCCAUCCACGCCGCAGCCGCCCAAGCCCAUUGGUCCAACCUCGUCCGCUACUCAUCACAUCCAACCCACGGGUACAGGCAACUUUACGGUUUCUCCGUCUAGCUUCCUAGGGGCAGCGGUUGAUCUUAAUAUUCCGAUGGGGAUAGUGGUGGUUUUGGGAGUGGCGGUUUUGGUGAUGUAG